AUGAAGGAUGAAGAAGAAGAACUACAACAAAAAUUAGGUCUAGUAAACGCCCUCUCACAAACUACAUUAGAGGCAAGGAUAAGUAGAGAUGUUCAAGCUCAUACUAAUGAAACUUUACUCUUGGAGGAACAGAAAAGGUUAGAGAGAUCUGAGAAUUUAUUGCAUAAGUUACAAGGGAGGAUACGGCUCCUUGAAAGGAAGAAUAAUGAUCCUAAAACGAAGAUUUCUGUUCGGGAAAAGAAUAAGAAAGAGAUUGCAAAAUUACAACAGGAGGACUUGCGUCAGUGUUUUAAUGAUAUCAAUGCUAUUAAGCAACGACUGUAUGUUCUAAGGGGCAAGGUGGGUGCGGAUGCUGGUACUAAUGCGGGUGGGGUUUUUGAUCAAGGAAAUGUUGUAGAAGAUGAGAAUGGAAAAAGGAUUGAUGAAUCUGAAAGGGACUUCUUGAUAAGAACCGGGAAAGUCACAGCAUUUGGUUCAACGACCGGAUUUACCUUAGAAGAAACGAUACCAACAAAAAAGGAUGAAAAUAAGAUCAAAACUAAACAAGAGCAUGAUUACGAUGAGGUGCAUGCAUUUGAAAUGGCUAAUGAGCAAAUGGUAGAAAAUUUAUCAGAUGAAGAUGAGCCAACUAUCACAGAAGAGGAUAAAGACCAAGAUUUCAUCCCAGAGAAGGAAGAAGAAGAAACAGAGGAUGAGGAUACGUACAACCCAGAUGAAGAAUUGCAAGAACUUGAAGAUGAUCCAUCCAUCAUUUCGAAACCGGGCGAAACAAAAGAUGAUGGUGACGAAUUUUACUACAGGAAAAGACUUCAAAAGUGGAUUACCAAGAGAUCAAAAGAUAGACAAUUUGACCCCUUCCCUGACUUAGAUGAAUGGAGGAAACCACAUCCAAACAUACCUGAUGCAAAAUUAAACGAUAUCUUCAAAAUACCAGGUGAUAUCUUUUCAUUGCUAUUCAAUUAUCAAAAGACUUGUGUUCAAUGGCUAUACGAACUACAUCAACAAAAUUCAGGUGGUAUCAUUGGUGAUGAAAUGGGUCUGGGCAAAACCAUCCAAAUCAUUGCAUUUUUGGCAAGUUUGCAUCAUUCAGGUUUACUCGAUGGUCCCGUGCUGAUAGUUUGCCCCGCGACCGUAAUGAAACAAUGGUGUAACGAAUUACAUCAUUGGUGGCCACCAUUUAGAACUAUCAUCCUACAUUCGAUCGGUUCAGGUAUGGGCAUAAAUCAAAAGAAAAAUUUAUCUGACGAAGAAUUCGAAAAUUUAUUAAUGAAUUCAAAUCCAAAUGACAUUUCAUAUGAGGAUUUACAAAACAACACUAAAAGGAAAACAAAAUCACACUUAGAAAAUGAUAUAAAUAUACAAUCUUUAAUUAAUACGGUCAUUGAAAAGGGUCAUAUAAUAAUAACUACAUACGUCGGAUUAAGACUUCAUUCUGAUAAACUGUUGAACGUAAAUUGGUCAUAUGCAAUACUAGAUGAAGGCCACAAGAUAAGAAACCCUGAUUCUGAUAUUUCCAUAACAUGUAAGAAAAUUAAAACCCAUAAUAGAAUUAUCCUAUCAGGUACACCAAUUCAAAAUAAUUUAAUUGAACUGUGGUCAUUAUUCGAUUUCAUAUAUCCGGGGAAAUUGGGCACUUUACCUGUAUUCCAACAACAAUUCAUUAUACCAAUCAAUACCGGUGGAUAUGCCAACGCCUCAAAUAUUCAAGUACAAACAGGUAUCAAAUGUGCCACCGCAUUAAGAGAUUUAAUUUCACCUUACCUUUUACGAAGAGUGAAAAAUGACGUAGCAAAGGAUUUACCAGAAAAGAAGGAAAUGGUUCUUUUUUGUAAAUUGACACAAUACCAAAGAAUUAAAUAUUUAGAAUUUUUGAAUUCGAAUGAAUUGACCCAAAUUAAAGGUGGGAAAAGACAUGUCCUCUAUGGGAUCGAUAUAUUAAGAAAAAUUUGUAACCAUCCUGAUUUAAUUGAUAGAAAUGAAAAGCAAUAUGACUUGGAUUAUGGGAACCCAAAGAGAUCAGGAAAGAUGCAAGUCGUUAAGCAAUUAUUACUACUAUGGCAUAAUGAGAAACAUAAAGUACUGUUGUUUACUCAAUCAAGACAAAUGUUAGAUAUAUUAGAAAAUUUUAUCAACUCUGAACUUAAAUCCCACUCUGAAUUUUCUACUCCUUUGAAAUAUUUAAGGAUGGAUGGUACAACAAACAUUUCAAAUAGACAAAAAUUAGUUGACCAAUUUAAUAAUGAAGAUUAUGACGUGUUUCUAUUAACUACAAGAGUCGGUGGUUUAGGUAUUAAUCUUACUGGCGCAAAUAGAAUUAUUAUUUUCGAUCCAGAUUGGAAUCCAUCAACAGACAUGCAAGCUCGUGAAAGAGCUUGGAGAAUUGGUCAAAAAAGAGAAGUUUCCAUCUAUAGAUUAAUGGUAGCUGGAUCCAUUGAAGAAAAAAUUUAUCAUAGACAAAUCUUUAAGCAAUUCCUAACAAAUAAAAUAUUAACUGAUCCCAAACAGAAACGAUUUUUCAAAAUGAAUGAAUUAAGGGACUUGUUCACAUUAGGAGGUGACGAUGGUCUUGCUUCAGAGGAAUUAAAUAAUGAAUUGGAAAAACAUACACAAUCAUUGAAAAAGGGUCAAACAGAAGAAAGUGAUGAUUUUGAUCAAGUCACAGGUUUAAAUGGUGUGUCAAAAUUGGAAAGCUUUUAUUCUGGGAAGGAGAAAAAUGAAGAUGAAAGAUUGAUAGAGGGACUUCUCGGAUCGGAAACCGCACUAGCUAAUGCUGCAACUCAUGAAGCUGUUGUCGGUACCCAUACAGCCCCAACCAAUAUCAUUGCUCGAGAAGCGAAUAAAAUUGCGCAAGAAGCGCUUGGGGCUUUGAGAAAAUCACGUAAGGCGACAAUGAAAUAUGAAAUUGGGACGCCAACAUGGACAGGUAAGUUUGGGCAAGCUGGGAAAAUACGCAAAAAGAUGAAUAAUAAAAAACAAAUUGGAGGAUCUUCGGCUAUCUUGGCAAAUAUUAAAAAGGCAACACAAAUAAAAUCUCCCGCUUCAUCUGAUAUCAACAACCCAAAUGAACACGAAAUUCUACUUUCUAAAAUUGAGCAAUACUUGCAUUCAGCCCCUGAUAAAUUUGCAACUUCUGCUGAUAUUAUAAACAAUCUUGGGGUGAACUUAAACGAAAAGAAAGACAUUAUUAGAGUGCGGGCUCUUCUGAGAACUAUCGCCCAUUUUGAUAGGAAUAAGAAAGGGUGGUACUUGAAUGACGAGUUUCAAAACGAAUGA